UGCGCUUCCCUCUCGCCCGCCCUGUUCCUCCUCUAGUCCCGCGGCUCGGUGCCCGGGACCCUGCCAGCAGAGGAAACAGGUAUAUGCUGGUCACUUUCGAAGAGCUGCCCUGUGCUAUCCAGGCUGGAUGGAAAGAAAACCAUGCAACGUUUAUGAAUGAACUGAAAAAUCUUCAGGCUGAAGGAUUAACGACUCUUGGCCAGUCCCUAAGGACAGCUUUUGAUUUAUUAAAUUUAAAUAGAUUAGCAACUGGCAUAGACAACUAUGGGCAGGGAAGAAACCCUUUUUUCUUGGAGCCAGCAAUAAUUAUCACAAUUACUGAUGGGAGCAAGUUGACUACCACCAGUAGAGUCCAGGAUGAGCUUCAUUUACCUCUUAAUUCUCCUUUGCCUGGAAGUGAAUUGACCAAGGAACCUUUUCGUUGGGAUCAGAGACUGUUUGCAUUAGUGUUGCGGUUGCCUGGCACCAUGUCAGUAGAAUCAGAACAGUUGACAGGUGUACCUUUAGAUGACUCUGCAAUCUCACCAAUGUGUGAAGUGACAGGCGGCCGGUCAUAUUCUGUGUGUUCUCCAGGAAUGCUUAAUCAGUGUCUGGAGUCCUUGGUGCAGAAAGUACAAAGUUGGGUGGUAAUAAACUUUCAAAAAGCAGGAGCAGAUCCUUCGCCUGUAGAAGAUGGGCAGCCAGAUAUAUCAAGGCCUUUUGGAUCUCAGCCUUGGCAUAGCUGUCACAAACUCAUACAUGUCAGACCAAAUCCUAAAACUGGGGUUUCUGUAGGUCAUCGGCCUGUUCCAGAGUCUUUCUGGCCAGAUCAAAAUUCGCCAACACUACCACCUCGUACAUGUCAUCCUGUAGUGAAGUUUUCCUGUACAGAUGAACCAAUGGUUAUUGAUAAACUUCCUUUUGACAAAUACGAGUUGGAACCUUCAUCACUGACUCAAUUUAUCCUGGAAAGGAAAUCUCCUCAAACAUAUUGGCAGGUGUACGUCAACAAUAGUGCAAAAUAUAGUGAACUUGGUCAUCCUUUUGGUUACUUGAAAGCCAGUACAGCACUGAACUGUGUCAAUUUAUUUGUGAUGCCUUACAAUUAUCCAGUCCUUCUUCCCCUCUUAGAUGACUUGUUUAAAGUGAAUAAAGCAAAACCAACAUUGAAGUGGAGACAGUCAUUUGAAAGUUAUUUGAAGACCAUGCCUCCCUACUAUCUGGGGCCCUUGAAGAAAGCUGUCAGUAUGAUGGGAGCACCUAACCUAAUAGCAGAGAGUGUGGAAUAUGCUUACAGUGUCAUUUCAUACCUCAAAAAACUGGGUCAACAGGCCGAAAUAGAAUCUGAUGGAGUCAUUGAAUCUGUAGGCAAAAAAGGAGUACAGGAAACUGGAAUAAAAGUCUGGAGCCGAUCGCAUGGUUUAUCAAGGGCAUAUAGGAAAGAUUUUCCACAACUCCUCCAAGGAAUUUCAGAAGAUGUCCCUCACAGACUGCUAGACCUUAAUAUGAAGGAAUACACUGGGUUCCAAGUUGCUUUGCUGAAUAAGGAUUUGAAGCCACAGACAUUUAGAAAUGCUUGUGACAUACCAAGACGAAAUAUUUUGGAUCACUUAACAAGAAUGAGAUCUAAUCUUUUGAAGCACACUCGCAGAUUUCUUAAAGGACAGGAUGAAGAUCAAGUGCACAGUGUUCCUAUAGCACAAAUGGGGAACUACCAGGAAUAUCUCAAGCAAGUACCUUCUCCACUAAGACAACUUGAUCCUGAUCAGCCACAAAGGUUACAUACAUUUGGCAACUCCUUUAAGCUGGAUAAGAAGGGUAUGAUGACAGAUGAAGCGGAUGAAUUUGUGGCUGGACCUCACAAUAAACAUAAACGACCUGGAGAAUCAAAUAUGCAAGGGAUCCCUAAAAGACGUCGGUGUAUUUCUCCACUACUAAGAGGCAGACAGCAGAAUCCUGUUGUAAACAAUCAUAUCGGGGAAAAAGGACCACCUGCACCUACAACUCAAGCACAGCCAGAUCUUAUUAAGCUUCUUCCUCUUCAUAAAAUUUCAGAAACCACUAAUGAUUCAAUAAUACAUGAUGUAGUUGAAAAUCAUGUUGCAGACCAAUUUUCAUCAGACAUUACACCAAAUGCUAUGGAUACUGAAUUUUCAACACCUUCUCCAGCCAGUUUACUGGAACGGCCAACCAAUCAUAUGGAGGCUCUUGGUCAUGACCAUUUAGGAACCAAUGACCUCACUGUUGGUGGAUUUCUAGAAAAUCAUGAGGAGCCAAGAGAUAAAGAACAAUGUGCUGAAGAGAACAUACCAGCAUCUUCACUCAACAAAGGAAAGAAAUUGAUGCAUUGCAGAAGCCAUGAAGAAGUCAAUACCGAACUAAAACCACAAAUAAUGAAAGAGAUCCGAAAGCCAGGGAGAAAAUAUGAAAGAAUCUUCACUUUACUGAAGCAUAUGCAAGGCAGUUUACAAACAAGACUAAUAUUUUUACAAAAUGUCAUUAAAGAAGCAUCAAGGUUUAAAAAACGAAUGCUAAUAGAACAACUGGAGAACUUCUUGGAUGAAAUUCAUCGAAGAGCCAAUCAGAUCAAUCAUAUUAAUAGAAAUUAAAAGAAAAUAGAAUGUGGACACUUAUUUCACUAUCUUCUUCAAAUACAAAGUAAAUACAAGACUGUUGUGAUCUUGCAUUCAUUUUCUGACAU